AAAUCGCUGGUUAAAUUCAGUUGUAGAAAUGGCAGCGCUGAGGCAGGAGCGUCGCUACGGGCUCUCCUGCGGCAAAAUCCAUAAACACAGCCUCAAUCGAACACUUUAUCACGUCAAACUCACUGACACCGCCAUCCGGACCCUCGAAACCUACCAGAACUUGAAGGCAUCACUGCCCAAUCAGACGUCAAUUGGCUUCAAAGGAAGUCAGGGGUACAUCAAGAUCCCGACUUCGGAAUCCCCCGAUGGAUUUAGAGUCUUCUCGUUCUACCUGUCCAGCGACAGCAAAGACAAACCCCAGUCCAGCUUCGACUGCAUUCAUCAGUUUGUUUCCGGGGAGGGCAAGGAUCAGCUGGAGAGCCAGGGCACCAUCCAGGACAAGAUCACUGUUUGCGCCACCGACGACUCGUACCAGGCCACACGGGAGCGCAUGUCCCAGGUGGAGAAGGACAUCUGGAGCCGCUCGGCCAUCGAGAUCAAACCGGGGCCAAGUAAGUGCGUGAAGGUCCACAGGAAGCAGGGUCCGGUUGCGGGCUCAGACGGCAGCAACAAGCACUCGCCCAGCAACAAGAGGAGCCUUGUUCCCAGUCCUGCGGCACACCGGCCCUUGCGAGAGCGCGUGGUCCAUCUCCUGGCCUUGAAACCGUAUAAGAAACCCGAGCUGCUGAUGUGGCUGGAAAGAGAACGGGCCGCUCCGAAGGACAAGGCUGACCUGACCUCGGUGCUGGAUGAGGUUGGCAAGCUGAACCUUAAAGACAACAGCUAUUCUCUGAAGGACGAGCUCUACAGACACGUCCAAAGAGACUGGCCCGGCUACCUGGACGAGGAGAAGCAACUCAUCCACAGGCUUCUCAUCAGGAAGCUUCAGCCACUCCACAGCAGUGGCAGCAGCGGCGGCAGCGGCGGCCUGUUGAGAAUUCCCCAAGGCAGCCAGUCAUCCCAGAAAACGCCUGGGGACUCCCCUUCUUGCUUCAGCCCCGCAAAGACGCUCUCGGCGAAACGGCAUUUGCCUUUGGAUCCAUCCAACUUUCAAAGCCCCAAAAAACAAAGACUCCUAGAGCACUGCUUGCCACGCCAGUCGCCGUCCCACGUGGACGACGGCACCGACCGGGCCCAAAGUUCCUCGGACCACAAAGGCGACAAUCAUCUCUGGGCCUGUCCCAACGGGCUGCACUCGCCCCAUAAACUGAGCGACUCCUCGGCCGCCGUUCCCAAAACGGCUUCCAAGGCGCUAAAGUCCCCCAACGCGGACGCUUCCCUUUGCACUGACCAACAAGUGCCCAACGCUCUACAUAAAAAGAAGAAGUCAAAAAAGCACAAAGAGAAAGAACGCGAGCGCUUAAAAGCGGAGUGGAUGGUGGAAAACAGCCCGGACCUGAAGAAGAGCCAAGAAAAUCUCAAAGGAGAGAAAACCCCCGUCAGACAAACCACAAAAAAGGACCUGCCGGACUUUUUCUUAAAAUACGGCCCAAUUACAGCACCAGAACAACGCGAGCAAUACAAAGAAGACUUCUGCUCCGAGUACGACGAAUACAGAGCCCUUCACGAUCGCAUCGGAGCCAUCACCGAGAUGUUUGUUCAGUUAGGCUCAAAGAUCAACACGCUCUCGCCGGGAACGCAAGAGUACAAGCUAAUGGAGGAGCAAAUACUACAAAAGUACCGCAAGUAUAAAAAGAAGUUUCCCGGCUACAGGGAAGAGAAGAAACGAUGCGAGUAUCUCCACCAGAAACUGUCACAUAUCAAAGGUCUGAUCUCAGACUACGACCGGGCGCAGGAGCUCUCGUAGGAAGGAUGAGUGAGUGCCUUGAGAAGGGACCAAAAGACUUGCAGCCGAGCCAAAGACUGAUAGGUCGGUCGUGUUUUCGCGACUCGCUUGACUCCUUGCGACUCGCUUGACUCCUCCUCCGUGUGUCGACGGGGCGAAGGAGCCGUGAGAGGCUGCAAAUGAAUUGUCCUGCUGUAAACUGGGCAGAUGUGCAAAUGAAAGCCAAAUCCUGCUUUUGUCUUUUUCCCCAAAUUCAAGAGUUGAUGGUUCGUGCCCAAAUGAUUCAUGCGAUUCUUUCUCAUGCCACGCAGAAAGUAUUCCAAGGAUGGUACAAUCAGUCGUAGGGGGGAACAAACAUGCAUCACUCGGAGAAACGUUUUCGCUCGCUCUUUGACGCACUUUAUUAAUUCAUGUCAAAACAUUGAUUCGUUUGAAUGACGCAAAUAAAAAAAAAAACAGGGCUGUCCCUCCCUCCCGAUCACGUGAAGACUCUUUUAAAACAAAACGGAUUGUGAUUAAUCAUUAAGGGAAACAAAAACCAGCACAGCAAAGAAGUCAAACUUGAUUCAACUUGAAGCCUUAAUUUGCAUAUAAAGAAAUUUAUUUUUCCGACCAUAAAGAUGACAUCGUCCAUACAAUUUGAAUGAAUUCUAUUUUUUGUAAAAAUGUUUGGAGGUAGUAUCGGGUAAGGACUCGGCAUCGGCGGAUGCUGAAAAUCAGGUGACUUGAGUGCCAAAAAAAAAUAAAACAUCAUCGGGACAUCUCUACCAAAAAUAAUAACUGGAACCCGAAAAUGUUCAUCAUUGAAACUUGGGCCAUGUCAAUUUCUGCGUUUCUAUCGAGCUUCGUGUCUGUCGCCCAUGUCUGCUAGCUGACCACAAUUUUUGUUUCUUUUAUAUAUCACAAACACAUCAAUAUUUAUUAGCACGGAAAUAAUCUCAGAUGUGAUUUGUAAAUGGCCGCACGCCGCCGUUGCUCAAUUUGGUGCGCUUCAAUAAAGACAAGCGAGCGAGCUCAGUCAGGUCAGAGGACAAUAUUUAUUACGAUUGCACAGAAUAUUCUUUUCAUUCCAAACAGAAGGGUGCCAACGUAUUUCUUGAUGCUAAAGCAAACUGGGAAAAAAAUUAAGUGAGUCAAGGAAAAGCCAACAAGUGUCAUUGCGAGAUGACUAUGCGCUCGCUCAUCAUCCCGAUCGAUUGUAGCCGUUUUUGUAAGCAGCAAAAUACUGAAGGUGCCUUUGUUUGUCCCCAGGGACAUAAAAAAAAAAAGGUUCUGCACCAUUAAAGUGCUUUUGUGUUGCAAGUUCAUUUUUCUCGUCCUUCGUGGCAAAAACGUCUUAGUGGGCCGGUUAACAAUUAACGCCCGAGCUUGACCCCACGUGGGCCUCCAGAACACCAGCAUAUGUUUUGGCACAAGGGAGCCAUUGGUCAUAUUAAAAAUGUUACACGGCAACUAGCGCGAGCGACGAGCCCUCAUUUUUCUCUACGUGACGCAACCAAAUGUGAAAUGAAAGAAAUCCCGGCAGGCAAGCCAUCGGCCGGGGAGGAAAAAAUGUCUUAUUUAUUUCUCCGUGUUGGGAUUAUUCCUCUUUGCAAAUUAUUUAUUUUCUUUUCUACAAUAGAACCUGCAAGUGUGGGCCAAGGGAAAUGGAAUAUAUUUUUUGCAAUUCCGAUGUGUUAUGCAAAUACUGGCUUUGGAAGAAAAAGCUUUCAGGAAAACAAAUGUAUUCUUGUCUCAGCCCCACCCCCACAAAAAAAAGAAAAUAAAGCUAUUUUCAGUGGAACAGUG